CUUGGAAGACCAACAUAGCACCACCACCACUCAGCGCGCGCAAAGCAAAGAAAAAAAAGGAACCCCGACAGACCAAAACCGUAAAGCACCAUCUGUUCAACGGCAUCUUGGUGAGCCAUGACAAUUCAACCCCCCAAAAGUGACGAUGAUAUCGACGCACUUGAAGCUCUCGACUCGGAGGAGAGAGAGUUCAAGAAAGUAAGCUUUUCCCCAUCGAGCCUUACCCGUGUCAUGUCCGAUUCCGAGGCCCCCCUCACUUUGAGAAAUGAAAGAUUGGAAGACUAAUGCGAUCAUUGUGGGCAGGAUGCAGAAAUUGAUCGUAUUUUGAAGGCUUUUCGUUUAGAUGCGUGAGUUACCUCCUACAACUGAGGAGACAGAGGGAUGCUAAUGGAAGGAAUAGAUACGCAGUCCUCGACCUCCAACCCGGUAUCCCAGAAUCGGAUAUCAAGAAAUGCUACCGCACGAAAUCUCUCCUCAUCCACCCGGAUAAAACGACGAAUCCCCAAGCGCCCGAUGCCUUCGACCGGCUGAAAAAGGCGCAGACCGAGUUAAUGGAUGAGAAGCACCGGGAGCGAUUAGAUGAAGCCAUCGCCGAUGCGCGCAUGUUGUUGAUCCGCGAGAAUAAGUGGACGGUAGAUAGCGAGGAGUUGAAGACGGAAAAGUUCGCCCGCGAUUGGAAGGAGAAGACUAAGUUGGUCCUGAUUGAUAAUGAGCAUAGACGGCGGAGACAGGUUAAGGCGCAGAUGCAGGAGGAGGGUCGAGAGCAGAAGAAGGUCGAUGAGGAGAUGGAGGUGAGGAAGAGGAAGAGGGAGCAUGAGCAGGAUUGGGAGAGUACAAGGGAGCAGCGGAUUGGGAGUUGGAGGGACUUUCAGAAGGGUGGGGAGAAGAAGAAGAAGAAGAAGGUUAAGCCCAUUGGAUGAGGAAUUCGGAUUCGGAUUCUGCUAGAUGGAGUUUCACGGGGGUCAUGGGGCGUCUGGUUGUGCUAGGGAUUUGAGCUUUGCAGGGUAAAUCUUUCGUAUGAUAUCAAGAUAGAUAGCAAUAUGAAAC